UUAGCAGGGCCUGUUACAAAAGCUCUUGAUUUCAGGCUCACAGUGGUCUGAGUAAGAAGAGAUGGCAUCAGUGGAUCUGGCUGUGGCCCUGGUGCUCUGUCUCUGCUGUCUGCUUCUCCUCUCACUCUGGAAACAGAGCUCUGGGAAAGGGAAGCUCCCGCCAGGCCCCACUCCUCUCCCAAUCCUUGGAAACAUCCUACAGUUAUAUGUUAAGGACAUCAGCAAAUCUUUAACCAAUCUCUCAAAAGUCUACGGCCCUGUGUUCACUCUGUAUUUUGGCAUGAAGCCCACCGUGGUCUUGCAUGGAUAUGAAGUAGUGAAGGAAGCUAUGAUUGACCUGGGAGAGGAGUUUUCUAGAAGAGGCAGUUACCCAGUGAUUCAGAGAGCUACUAAGGGAUACGGAAUCGCUUUCAGCAAUGGCAAGAUAUGGAAGGAGACCCGGCGCUUCUCCCUCAUGACCCUGAGGAAUUUCGGGAUGGGGAAGAGGAGCAUUGAGGACCGUGUUCAAGAGGAAGCACGCUGCCUUGUGGAGGAGUUGAGAAAAACCAAUGGGUCGCCCUGCGAUCCCACUUUCAUCCUGGGCUGUGCCCCCUGCAAUGUGAUCUGCUCCAUUAUUUUCCGGAAUCAUUUUGAUUAUAAAGAUCAGAUUUUUCUAGAUCUAAUGGAAAGACUGAAUGAAAACAUCAGGAUUCUGGGCUCUCCAUGGCUGCAGCUCUGCAGUUUUUUCCCUGCUCUCCUUGAUUAUAUUCCAGGAAAACAUAAGAAAUUCUUUGAAAAUUUUGCUUGUUUGAAAAGUUAUGUUUUGGAGAAAACAAGGGAACACCAAGCAUCUCUGGAUAUUAACGACCCUCAGGACUUUAUUGAUUGUUUCCUGAUCAAGAUGGAACAGGAAAAGCACAAUCAAGAACUGGAGUAUACAGUUGAAAACUUGGCAAACACCGUAUUGGAUUUGUUUGCAGCUGGGACAGAGACGAUGAGCACCACACUGAGAUAUGGGCUCCUCCUCCUGCUGAAACACCCUGAGGUCAUGGCUAAGGUCCAGAAAGAGAUUGACCGUGUAAUUGGCAGACACCGGAUCCCCUGCAUGCAGGACAGGAGCCACAUGCCCUACACGGAUGCUGUGAUCCACGAGAUCCAGAGAUACAUUGACCUGGUCCCUACCAACCUGCCCCAUGCUGUUACCCGUGAUAUUACAUUCAGAAACUACUUCAUCCCCAAGGGCACAGAUAUAUUAACAUCACUGACUUCUGUGCUACAUGAUGACAAAGAAUUUCCCAACCCAGAGGUGUUCGACCCUGGCCACUUUCUGGAUGAGAGUGGCAACUUUAGGAAGAGUGACUAUUUCAUGGCUUUCUCAACAGGGAAACGGAUUUGUGUGGGAGAGGGCCUGGCCCGCAUGGAGCUGUUUUUAUUCCUGACCACAAUUUUACAAAAAUUUACCUUGAAAUCUGUGGUUGACCCAAAGGACCUCGACACCACCCCAGUUGUCAAUGGGUUACUUUCUGUGCCACCUUUUUACCAGCUCUGUUUCAUUCCUAUGUGAGGAAUGUUAGAUCCUCUGAUUUCUUCAGUGAUGUUGUCUUCAACUCCCUCUCAUCUGCGGUAUCGUUCACCUGCUUCCCAUCAUCUUUUCUGAGAGUGCCUGCUCUGACCUCUCCUCAUUUAUUGUGUAAUUUCAAUGUAGAAAUGUAUCUGCUGUUCUUCAUACUCUGUAACAUCCAUAUGGCCACCAGAUAUGCAAAUAAUUAUAUAAUGUUGAGUAGUUUUAUGUGCAUAGUACUAUGCGCUCCAUACAAUAUAGAACAAGAUGAUUACUGUGUGUACAAUACAGAGCUAUUUCUGCUAUGCAUAUUCCUAAUAAAACACAUAAUUUGAU